AUGGAUGAUAAGUUGAUACAGAGGUUGGAAUCGGCAGUGGCGCGGCUCGAAGCUCUGUCGUUUCGACAAGGCGGAGGUUCGCGGGAUAUUGGCGGAGAUGCUGCUGCUGCUUCUUCGGAUCCGUCUAUUGUUGCAUACGAAGAUCUGAUAUCGCAAUUUGUAGGUAGGGUUACAAGUGCUGCCGAGAAGAUUGGAGGACAGGUUUUGGAUGUCACUAAGAUUCUUGAAGAGGCAUUUUCCACUCAGAAGGAGCUCCUAAUCAAGGUCAAGCAAUCUCAGAAACCUGACAUGUCUGGUUUAGUUGAGUUUCUGAAACCAUUAAAUGAGGUGAUUGUGAAAGCAACAACAAUGACUGAAGGAAGGCGGUCUGAUUUUUUCAACCACUUGAAGGCCGCUGCCGAUAGUCUUACCGCUCUGGCUUGGAUUGCAUAUACAGGAAAAGACUGCGGUAUGAGCAUGCCUAUUGCUCAUGUGGAAGAAAGUUGGCAAAUGGCUGAAUUUUACAGUAAUAAGGUUCUCGUGGAGUACAGAAGCAAGGAUCCAAAUCACGUUGAAUGGGCUAAAGCUCUGAAGGAGCUCUAUGUUCCGGGAUUAAGAGAUUAUGUCAAGGCUCAUUGCCCAUUAGGCCCUGUAUGGAGCGCCUCGGGGAAAACUAUUGUUUCUGCUCCUCCUAAAGCCCCAGCAGCCGGUGCUCCUGCUCCGCCGCCUCCCCCGCCAGCUUCUCUUUUUACUUCCGAACCUCCAAAAGCUUCAUCCUCACAACCCAAGGCUGGGAUGUCUGCUGUUUUUCAAGAAAUCAACUCUGGAAAGCCCGUAACGUCUGGAUUAAGAAAGGUUACUGAUGAUAUGAAGACCAAGAAUCGAACUGAUAGAACUGGUGUUGUCAGUGCGGGUGAGAAAGAAGCCCGACCUAGUUCAUCGUCAUUCUCAAAAGUAGGACCUCCCAAACUAGAGCUUCAAAUGGGUCGUAAAUGGGUGGUGGAGAAUCAAAUUGGGAAGAAGGAUUUAGUAAUUGAUGAUUGUGACUCAAAGCAGUCAGUGUAUGUCUUCGGGUGCAAGGACUCUGUCCUUCAGAUUCAAGGGAAAGUUAACAACAUAACUAUCGAUAAAUGCACUAAGAUGGGCAUUCUAUUCAAGGAUGUGGUGGCAGCAUGUGAGAUUGUAAAUUGCAAUGGCGUUGAAGUGCAAUGCCAGGGCUCAGCUCCAACAAUUUCAGUCGACAAUACUGGUGGUUGCCAGUUGUAUUUGAGUAAAGAUUCUUUGGAUGCUUCGAUAACAACAGCAAAGUCAAGUGAAAUUAAUGUCCUUGUACCUGGUGCUGGGCCAGAUGAUGAUUGGGGGGAGCAUUCAUUACCGCAGCAGUAUAUCCACGUGUACAAAGAUGGUCAAUUUAUAACCACUCCCGUCUCCCAUUCCGGAGCUUAA